AUCGGCAUUUUCAAAAACAUGCAAACCAUAAGAUUAAUAUGAAACGUCUCAUGUACCAACAGGCCUUCCCCAUCCACAAUAUUCCCAUUUAUGACCACAACUUUUUAACCAACAUAAAUGUAUGCCAAUACGCUCAGCACAAACUCCCUUAAAAGGUGCAGAAGUGUGUAGUGGAACACGUAUGUUCUCCUCAGAGAUUACUAGUAAUAAGAGGGCUAGUAUUUAUAGAUGUGCCUUUCAAUGAUGUGCUCACUUAAUCCUGGUUCAUCCUCACUCUGCAGCCCUCAAUUCAGUCUCUCCUCGGAAGCGACAUCAUCAGAGGUAAAGAGCAAGCAUGUCUACAGAGCGGUUUGACUGCCAUUACUGCAAGGAGUCCUUGUUGGGAAAUAAAUAUGUCAUGAAGGAGGAUACUCAGUACUGCACUAAGUGCUAUGAGAACUUGUUCUCCAAUUGCUGUGAAGUGUGCUCUCUGCCUAUUGGGUGCAACUGUAAGGAUCUGUCCUAUAAGGAUUGCCACUGGCAUGAGCAGUGCUUCAAGUGUGCCAAAUGCAGCCGCCCUCUGGUAGAAAAGCCCUUUGCAGCUAAGGAUGAACAACUUCUCUGCACAGAGUGUUACUCCCAUGAGUACUCCUCCAAGUGUUCCACCUGCAAGAAAACCAUCAUUCCAGGUUCCCGCAAAAUGGAGUACAAGGGGAACAGCUGGCAUGAGACCUGCUUCCUGUGCCACCGCUGCCAGCAGCCAAUAGGAACCAAGUCCUUCAUCCCCAAAGACAACGGCUACUUCUGCGUGUCCUGUUUUGAGAAGCAAUUUGCCUAUCAGUGCUGUGCCUGUAAAAAAGCCAUCACGACCGGUGGGGUGACCUACAACGACAAACCCUGGCACCGUGAGUGUUUCCUGUGCAUCGGCUGUAAGAAGCAGCUAUCAGGACAGCGUUUCACCUCCAGAGAGAACUACCCCUACUGCCUGGACUGCUUUAGCAACCUCUAUGCCAAGAAGUGUGUGGGUUGCACCAAACCCAUCACCAGUCUGGCAGGAGCCAAGUACAUCUCUUUUGAGGAGCGCCAGUGGCACAGCGAGUGUUUCACCUGUAUGCAGUGCUCCGUGUCUCUAGUGGGCCGUGGCUUCCUCACCCAGCGUGACGACAUCCUGUGCACCGACUGCGGCAGAGAGAAGUGACCUCACUGGGGAGAUCGCAACCUUAUGACCCUUUAACAAUCCAGCACAGGUCACACCACACUCGAACCAUACUACAGCAUAUUCUGAAACACCACACCAAAACCCUACCCAGCGAGAAGUGACCUCAGCAGAUGGUCACUAUAUUGACCUUUAUAUCGUUCUAUUGUUGUUUCAGUGUUGUGACGUUUGUGAGGAGAGGAGCCUGUAGCUUCCCCCUUCAAGAGUAGUAAUAGAAUCUUAUGACAUGUUAAAUGUAUGAUUUACAGAAUAACCUCACUUGUGAUAAUCUAAAUGACAAAGGGAUGUACUUGACACCAAUUCCUUUGUCUGCACAUGAGUCUUUGCUGUUUGCACGUUUUAUGUUGUCAUCAUUAUUCAAAUCAAAGUAAGAGUAGUUUAGAUUGCUAAAUUGAGUGGUUCAUUUUCUGUUCAAAUCUAAAUUCAGACCUUGAUUUAUGAAUGCAUCUGUGAUGUUAAAUGAAUAGCACUGCUUUGCCUUAAUGAAUAAAAGUAGUGUGGUGUAAUGUGUUUUAUGUCUGUUGUACUGAACAUGUGGAGGGCUGUUUCUGGUAUGACCAUCUUGAACCAGAGAAAUGUGUAGCAAUAACGCCAUCCAGAGGAUGUAACUAAUUGUCAGGUCACAUACAGCGCUUGCAGGAAAAUAGACACCACAUACAUAGAAAUGCAUGUACAUUGCACUAUACUUGCAGGAAAAUAGACACUGUACGUACAUAUCUAAAGUUAUGUCAUCUGGGGCUUAUUUAUAUGGCUGAAACACCUUUCAGAUAAACUUUCCAUAUUGGAGUAACACUUGCUUUUUUUCAUAUGGCCUGUUACAUUUCUACAACAUUCAGAAUGUUGCGCCUUACUAAACAUACCUCAGUUCAUACGGUAUAUAAUAUGGUCACCUACUUUUUCCUGGACACGUUGUCCUCCUAGGCUGAGAAGAAGUGGUGUAAAAUGCUGACAGACUUCCUUUCAGGACAAUGUGUCCAGGAAAUUGGACACAUUGGACACAUUGUCCUCCUAGGCUGAGAAGAAGUGGUGUAAAAUGCUGACAGACUUCCUUUCAGGACAAUGUGUCCAGGAAAUUGUUCAGGAGUCUAAUGGCUUGGGAGUCACAAACUACAGGGUUUCUAACACUCAGUGAAGGAAACUAACCACACGAUCGAAAUGGGGACAA